UCCCUGCCAGUAUUGGGUCCUGGGUCAUCCUCUGCUGGGUGCCUGCAGUGACAGAGAAGAAAAGCCAGGGACUCUCACAAGGCUCAGGCCACAUCAUGAGCUUCCUGAGCUCCAGCUCUAAACUGUGACCCCUGUGUGGGACUUUGUGGGCUGUGGACACAGAGCUAGGGUGUGGCAAUGCUGGGUGACACUCCCCCUGUUCCCCAGGAGCCCUUCCAGAAGGUGGUGCCCUCUCAGUGUCUGGGCUCCACCUGGGGCAAGAGGAACAAGCCCGGCAAUGAGCACCUGGCACACACCGUCCGGGCCAAUAUCGACCACUUCAGAAGGGUGGCCAACCUCGUCAUCACCACCUGCCUUGGGGUCCCGAGCAUGAUGGCCCAGGACAGGGUGAGGGUGGUGGAGCGCUGGAUCCAGGUGGCCCAGGAGUGCGAGAUCCUGAAGAACUUCUCCUCGCCCCGCACUGUCAUCUCUUCUCUGCAGAAAACAUCCAUAUGCCACCUGAAGAACACAUGGGGGAAGUUUCCUGGGAGAGCUCUGAAAAAUUUAAGGAGAGCUAUAGCCAAGACGAGUCCUUGAACAGAUAACUGAUGACCAAGGUUAACAAGCAGAGGGAUCUGUUCUGCCCAUGGGCAGGUGGGGUGCCAUUUUUCGGCAGGAGGCCUUGGUCAUGGGACACAGUGGUGUUGGCUGGGCUGUUCCAGGACGAGUUGCCGAGCUGGCGCCAUCAGCAGGUCUCUGGCUUCCACUCAC